AACAUGGCGGUGGUGAGGUUGGUGUUGGAAGGGCGGGUGAGCGUUAUAAGCUUUGUUUUAGGACUCCUUGUUGUGUUUAUCCCUCUUCUUAUUUCACUGGUAUCGCACAUUAACUGGUCGUUUGAUGGUUUCGCCGGAAUUCGGGCCAAAGUGGCUGUUGCUGUGUACUUGGCGGUAGUUAACGUCUUAUUACUCUUCUUGUACACUGGAGCCGUUUAUAAGGUUGCGUUGCGCGCCUGCUUCCUGGGCUUCACAUUUGGGUGCGGCCUGCUCAUAAGCUUCAGUCAGACACCAUGGACACACUUUGGCUGGUAUAUGUGUUCCCUUUCCUUCUUCCACUAUUCAGAGUACUUGGUGACAGCAAUCAUCAACCCGCAUAGCUUGACGCUUGACUCAUUCCUGUUGAACCACAGUGUGGAGUACACGGUAGCAGCUGUGUCCUCGUGGAUGGAGUUCACACUGGAGAUGUUCCUCUUCCCAGAGAUGAAGCAAUGUAGCUGUCUGAGUCUAGUGGGUCUUAUCAUGGUACUCUGUGGUGAGUGCCUGCGCAAGUCUGCCAUGCUCACUGCUGGUUCCAACUUCAACCACAUUGUCCAGAACGAGAAGGCCCAGAGUCACGUGCUGGUGACGGCUGGAGUCUAUUCUUGUUUUCGGCACCCUUCCUACGUGGGCUGGUUCUACUGGAGCAUUGGCACACAGGUGGUGCUUUGCAAUCCGGUUUGCUUGCUGGCGUACACUGUGGCCAGCUGGCGCUUCUUCCGGGAACGUGUUGAGGAAGAGGAGAUCUCCCUCAUCCUCUUCUUCGGGGAAGACUACCUGGAUUAUAAGCGUCGAGUUCCCACCGGCCUGCCCUUUAUCCCUGGCUUCCGCGUCGAAUCCUAAACAAGGAGCUGACCUUGUCAGAAUGCAUCAAAGGAGGCAGCCAGCCAGUAAUGUAGCUCUCACCUCCUGGUUGCCUGGGGCCUCCUGGGGCCACCCAGGGCCCCUAACUUCUGCUUCUGUACCUGAAGGACAAAGGUUUUAGUCCUCUUAAACAUUGGGAUGUGUCCACUCCAAACAGAGCAGGCAAUGUUUGUGGCAUGGUGCUCUCCUUUGGACCGUUUAGGACUAGCUCUUAAUGACCAGAGGGGCUACGGAUGUCUGAUUCAUGGGGGGGACAUAUUUAAUUUUUGUUUCUGCAAGAUAACAUGCUGAGCAGUUGUACCU